UCCAGCCUCAAAUCUAAUUGGAAUAGCAGUAGUUUGGUGGCAUCCAUUUAUCUCCGCACAGAUGGAAAACGACAACGUUUUCCCCGAGGUUUACACAUAAUCAGCGAUCCAAGAGGGUUUAAGGAGAAAAGAAGAGGCAGAUCCCCCGCGAACUCCGCUUCUGUAAGCUUUAUACAAACCUAUAUAAACAGCGAGGGCAUAUGAUUUUAUUAAUCUUCUCGGUUAAAUCAUUGAUAAAUGGAAUCCGAAGGGCAAAGAACAUCGUCAACUCCAUCGGCAGUGCUGGCGUCACUCUUAUGCAAAAGAGCCAAACUUCAUGAAGAACUCCGUAACAUCGAGAAGCAGGUAUAUGAUAUGGAGACAAGUUAUUUGCAGGAUCCAAGCCAGUGUGGGAAUGUUUUGAAAGGUUUUGAGGGGUUUCUAUCCUCUUCCAAGAACACUACCCUUUUAAAGAGAUCCAGGAAGUUUCAACCUGAAGAUAGGCUGUUUUCAUUAUCUUCCACCACGUCACCGGCGGCAGAAGAACAAGCUGCUGGACGAGAUGGUGGGGCUUUAUUGGCUAAUGGACAAGGGAAACCAAAGAAGGGUAGGGGUGGCCCUAGAGAUGCAAAGAGAUCGAGGCAAUCAAGCGAACCAGAUUUUGACUAUGAAGACGAUGCUGAUUUAAUGUAGUGGUGACUCCUCGUAUGAUGGUACAUCUGUUGGUCUUGCAUGAUGCAGGUUGAUAACUUCAUUGCGAAUGCAUUCUAACCGAGGUGGAAAUGGAGCUUUUUUGGUUGUCAUAAUGUACAUUAUUAUGCGAUCCUUGCUUGGCUAUCAUUUCAGCAUAUGCUGUUGUAAGUAGAUAUGUACAAAUCCCCAUGAUUUUCAUGCAAGAAGGGAAAAAACAACUAAGGCAGGACAUCUUUUUCAAUCAUCUUGUCUUGGCAGGGAUAGAAUUACUUUGGCGCUUGGCAGUCAAAAAUUUUGUGGCCGACUGGAUCCGGCAAAUUGCAAUUGUCAUUUUGUCGAGAUCCUUGGUAUUCUGAGAUUCUCCGUUGCUAGUUCGACAUUGUUAAAGUUCUGGGGCUAGAAAUCUAUGCCUUUACUAUCAGAUGUCAAGGCUGCGACACCCCUCUUCAUGUUUGUUGUGGAAUAGUAGAGUAGGUUCACAUUUUUUUCCGGUUGAA